AUGGAACUCAACCGAGAACACUUUCGCGCCAUAAUUUAUUACAACUUUCAGAGACAAUUAUCGCAACAAGGAUGCCUUGCUGAGUUACUGUCUGUUUUCGGCAACGAAGCGCCACAUCAGUCGACAAUUUCUCGUUGUCUUAGCGACUAUCCCAGGGUGGGUGCACCAAAAACGGCAGUCACCCAGGAAAACGUCGAUGCUGUGCGGAAACUCAUCAUUGAAGAUAGACAUACCUCAAUUCAAAAAAUUUUACUUGAAGAAUUAGGAGUAAGAAAAUUAGUUUCUCAGCAGAAAGCAGCCAGGGUUGAUUGGUGGCAAAAAACGCUUGACCGUUUCAAUUCCGGAAACUCAAAAAAUUCGGCUGUUUGGGUGUUCCAAGGUGAAGAAAAGCCAACAAAAACGGUCGCGACAUUUGUGUCAAAAGCGGGUCAUAUUGCAACAAUUCCUCAUAAAGAGCAAAGAACUGUUACUGCGGAUUGGUAUACCACCAUUUGUUUGCCAAAAGUCAUCACCGAGCUUCGAAAAAUCAACCCCGAAGGAAGAAUCAUCCUCCACCAAGACAAUGCAAGCUCGCACACAACCCAAAAAACAAGGCAGUAUUUAACGGAAGAAAACGUGGAAUUAUUGGACCAUCCUCCAUAUAGUCCCGAUCUAAGUCCUAACGAAAUCUUUACUUUCCCGAAAAUUAAAAACAGACUGCGUGGUCAAAGGUUCCAAUCACCGGAACAAGCAUGGAAUAAGUGCUUCGAAAAUUGGUUCGAGCGCAUGCAGAUGUGUAUUAAUCUUCGUGAAGAAUACUUUGAAAAACAAUAA